CUUGUUGGGGAGCAUGGUGAGAGCAUUGAACGGCUGAAUUCAGAACAUCUGAGCUUGGGCGGGACUCUAAGUGACCAGUUGCCCAAAAUACCAUCCUCCCGUCUACUCAGCAGCUACCCCGAUAUCUUCUCUACGGGCGAUGUUGACGAGACCCUGAACAACGCUCAAGAUUUGUCAAAGGGGCAUAAGGAAUUCCCCCCUUUAAUGUCCGACUUGACAGGCGAGACGGGCACGUACUGCCACAUGGCGCCGGAGAACUUCCGGAGCGAGCCGUACGGCGAGACGGCCGAAACCUUCAGCCUGGGCAUGGUCCUCUACGAGCUGUUCUGCAAGGACCUGGUGUUCCUGUCCGAGAUGAACCCCGAGUCCCCUUACGCCCCCAAGGAGUUCGCCUACCGGAUGUCCAAGGGGUACCGUCCAUCCAUGUCCAAAUCCGUGUGUCCGCAAAUCGCCGCGGUCAUCAGGAAGUGCUGGAAGGCGGACCCACUUCUGAGACCGCGAAUGAGGGAGGUCGUCCAGGAACUGAAGGGCAUCAGGGCGUCGGGGGUUCUGGAGGUGAAGAGGGGGUUUUUCUCUUGUUUUGGGAUGUGUGCAGGAGAGUCUCGGGCAGCCAAUUGCCAUUCGGAGGCGGUGUGA